AUUAGUCAUCCUCCCAACCUACUUAAUUAUUUUUUGAACUCAACACUGGGUGAUAGCUGUUUCCCAACUCGUUUCCGCUGAUUCGAUGCCUGUAUCGGCUUGUGUUAAAGCAAGCCAAUGAAAUUAUUGUCAUUUUGGUUUCGACUCUUCUUCAUCCAUGCCAAUUGCACUGUUUUAAUGGAACUAAGCACCACCUCCACGCAAUGAGCCAUGCUAGUUCCUCUCUCACACUUCCUCAAAUCCACAAAAUGGCAAAUUCCCAGAAAAAGCUACAACACAUGGGUUUUAGCCAUAAAAAACGCCUCUUCUCCUCUCAAAGCAUUGCAACUCUACACUCAUAUGCACCGCCAAUCCAUACCUUUUGAUACCUUCUCAAUACUAUUUACUCUAAAAUCAUGUACUCAUUUCAAGAACCUCACAAUAAUUCACCACUUGCAUUCCCAUAUAAUCAAACUUGGCUUCAAUACACAUGUUUAUGUUUCCACUUGCCUCCUGCAUGCAUACGCUGUCAUGUCGUUUGAUCAAGCGUGUGAUUUGUUCGAUGAAAUGCCUCAGAGAAAUAUAGUUACAUGGAACACGAUGAUUACUGGGUAUUCAAGGUCAGGGAGUAUCAAUAAAGCACGUUCUCUUUUUGAGGCUAUGCCUGUGAGGGAUGCAGCUUCAUGGUCCGCCAUGAUUACCUGUUAUAUUAAUAAUGGGUUUCGGGAUCAAGGGUUGUCAUUUUUUCGAGAAAUGAUGGCUAAUGAGAACCCAAAACCAGACCAAGUGACUGUAGGUUCUGUUUUAUCGGGUUGUGCACACAUGGGUUCUCUUGGAUUGUUAGCUGGGAAAUCAGUUCAUGGCUUUGUAGUGAAGAAUGGGUGGGAGUUGAACGUGGAUAUUGGCACGCUUCUUGUUGACAUGUAUGCCAAGUGUGGAUUCUUGAAGAAUGCUGUCUGGGUUUUUGUUUUGAUGCAAGAAAGAAAUGUCUCGACUUGGACUGCAUUGAUAUGUGGUGCAGCGCAACACGGCUUUUGUCAAGAGGUGUUAUCGUUGUUUAAGAUGAUGCAAGAAGCAGGUGUUAGGCCUAACGAGAUGACUUUCACGGGGAUUCUUAAUGCCUGUGCGCGUGAGGGGUUGAUUGAAGAGGGUCGCAAGUAUUUUAAAAUGAUCAAAGAGACUGGUUUGGAGCCUAGAAUUCAGCAUUAUGGAUGCAUGGUUGAUAUGUUUGGUAAGGCAGGGUUGUUAGAAGAAGCUUAUGAGGUUAUUAAAGAGAUGGAAUUUGAGCCUAACAUUGUCAUCUGGGGUUCCUUUUUAUCAGCGUGCAAGAUGCAUAAUCAAUUUGACAUUGCUGAUAGAGUGAUAGGGCAGGUCUUGAGGGAUAUAAAACCAGAGAAUGAUGGAGGGAUUUAUAGUCUUGUAUCUGAUUUGUAUGCUUUAAAUAAGAAAUGGGAUGAUGCAGAAAGGGUGAGGAAUUUAGUGCUUAACCAAAAUGUGAGAAAAGCCAGGGGCUCUAGCUGUAUCUGAAGUGGAUUACUGUUAUCGAGAGCUCAGUUUUCCUGUCUUCAGGCAGCACAUAAAGACCGAAGAACUGUGCGCUAAUUAAUGAAACCGCAUGCUGAUUGUAAUGGGCUUACUGUCUCUUGUUCAUAGAGAGACGAUCGCAUAUUCUUGAUUUCCAUCUAACUUCGUUUCUAUUCUUAAAAUUCUUGAGUCAACAGAAUCUCAGAAGAUGAACAUGGGCACUGGGGAAGAAGAAUUUUUAGGCUUAGUGCUCUGUCAUUUGUUUUGGAUGGUGACUAGUGACAAUUCGAGGUUGACUAACCUUUGCUCUUCAGCUUGGAUCCAUAAAUCAGCUGGACUUUUAGUGUUAUUUACACGUCGAUGUAUUCAUAUAUACUUUUGUUUGCGAUUUUUCAUUAAAUCAAGGUGAAAUAAUCAGUUCUACUGGUUUUCUUAUCAUAA